AUGGCAGUUUCAAGAAAAGUGGCUAAUGCAAUUAAUCCGGAAAGAUUUCCUCUUUUUUUGUACAAAAGUAUUCUUCGGUUACACUAUGGACUUCCAAAAUCUGCUCGGUUGAUGGGCGAUGUGUACGUGAAAGAUGAAUUUCGACGACACAAAAAUGCGAGUCCUGAGUUUGUAAAACAAUUCAUUACAGAAUGGACGCUUUACUGCACAACGUUAUCAAAACAAUUGUCAUCAGCGGGAAUUCGGAAAGGAGAAAUUGGAAUGGAUUUAUCCCCAGAAAAAAUGGAGCAGUUGAGCAAUGAACACAUUGGGCAACUCGUCGAACUGCGAAUUGAAGCUGAUAAGCAUAUGGGCCGUGAAGAUUUCAUAGAAUCCCUCGGAUACAUAAAAGAAAAACACGAAAAACCGAAUUAA